UUAAGAACAAACCUACAGUCCCUAUCUUGUACGUAACCCGGGGAUUGCCUGUACAGUAUAGAAAUAGCCUCAGUCCCAACCACCAUCCCUCUCUUCUCUCCUUAAUGCCCUGUCCUUCUCUCCACCUACCUAGCCUCCUGUCCCAACGCACUUUUUGCCAGGCACAUACUCCUCAAUUAAAACACCAUUCCAGACUCUGCUAUUCAUCUUGCCUGAAACAAAAUGGUCCCCAAAUCCUCCCAAUCUUUCCAUUUACCUCUCCUCUCUUCCCUGCUCAGAUUUCCUACUCCAGCACCCCAUAGACAUUCCCACCGGGAAAAUACUAAUCCUAUAUACUUCUGCGCUCUUCUCCCCAUCCACAUUCUUUUACUUGACCCUAAAAUCCACAGUGCUCCUUGUACCCCCCUCCACUGCCACCCAGCUUCACCUCUAGCCUUCUCUUCUGAUCGCCUACUCCUAAGACAGUGAUUUUCAAACUAUGGGGCGCAACCCAGUACUGGGUCAUGGAACAUCAGACACAGGUCUCCUUGCUACAGGGUGAUCAAUAGGGGUGCUAAGGCACCUACCUGCAUGUCUUGACAACACAAACUGUAACGUACCCCAGAAGCCACCAGCAGCAGGUCCAGCUCCUACGUGAGUGGGGGAGGAGAGUGCACAGGGCUCCAUGCGCUGCCCCUGCUCUGAGCACUAGCUCCGCACUUCCAUUGGCUGGGAACCUGCUGCUGGAUGUGUCUGGGGCGCAGCCGGGUCUGUGGUGCCAUGAGUGGCAGGAAGCCUGUUUAGCACCGCUGCUGCUGUACCGCUUCAACUCAGGGAAGAUGAAGUCCUACCAAAAGCUGGCAACGGACCUUCCCCAGCCUCCAGAUGCCUAUGCCGAAGAAGAAAGCAUUGCUAGGAAGCCACCGUACCAUCGGCAGUUGUCCACUUGGUGGCUGUGUGUUGGCUUGCUGAUGGUGGCUGUUCUGUUGAGUGGAGUCACCCUGUGGAUGCUCAAACAGGUGCCUGGGGACCAGCUUGGACAGACCCCCCCAGAGAAAUGCAGUGCUGUUCCGGAGCCUUUCCGCUUUGACUGCUACCCGGAGUGGAGCGUGGUGGUGACAAAAGAGCUGUGUGAGAGCAGGGGGUGCUGUUUUAUUGAACGCGUCCAGCCUAGGGGGAACAGGAGCACCAAGCCUUGGUGCUUUUACCCCCCUGACUUUCCCAGCUACACUUUGGAGAGCCUGAACCAGACUGAGCUGGGAAUGGUGGGUUUGCUGAGGAGGAAGGUGAAAGCCUAUUAUCCCAGAGACAUUGAGAGACUGCAACUGAGCGUGGAGUUUGAAACGGACACUCGGUUACACAUCAAGAUCACUGAUUCCACCAGCCCCCGGUACGAAGUCCCCCUGGAGGUUCCUCGGGCAACGAAGAGAGCAGAGAAUCCCAUAUACAGCCUGGAGUUCUCCAAGGAGCCUUUUGGCCUGCUGCUGAGGCGCAGAGCCUCUGGCGCCGUGCUGUUAAACACAACCGUGGCUCCCUUGAUCUUUGCUGACCAGUUUCUCCAGAUUUCGACCGUCCUCCCUUCCAUAUUCCUCUACGGCCUCGGGGAGCAUCGGAGCCACUUCCUGCACAGCCUGGACUGGAGCACCCUGACGCUGUGGGCCCGGGAUGUCCCUCCUAUGCAAUUUUACAACCUUUAUGGAGUUCACCCAUUUUACCUGCUGAUGGAGGAAGGAGGAGCUGCUCAUGGUGUUUUCCUCCUGAAUAGCAAUGCAAUGGAGGUGGUUCUGCAGCCAGCACCUGCCUUGACCUGGAGAACCAUUGGAGGAGUCCUGGAUUUUUACAUCUUCUUGGGUCCUGAUCCCAACAUGGUCAUCCAGCAGUACCACCAGGUGAUAGGUUUCCCUGCCAUGCCACCUCUCUGGGGGCUGGGGUUUCAUCUGUGCCGCUGGGGCUAUGGGACCAGCAAUGAAACCUGGCAGACUGUGAAAGCCAUGAGGAAUUAUCAGAUACCGCAGGAUGCGCAGUGGAACGAUAUUGAUUACAUGGAAGGGUACCGGGACUUCACUUACGAGCCUGAGAAGUUUGACACCCUCCCGCAGUUGGUAGAAGACCUUCACAAGCACGGCCAGCACUAUGUCAUGAUCACGGAUCCGGCGAUCAGCAGCUCUAACCCUCCUGGCUCUUACUGGCCUUACGACGAAGGCUUGAGGCGUGGAAUAUUCAUAAAUACCACCGAGGGGCAAACACUGAUUGGACAGGUGUGGCCUGGCCUCACGGCUUUCCCGGACUUCUCCAACCCGGACACUUCUCAGUGGUGGCUGGAGAACCUGAACCGUUUCCACGCUCUCGUCCCCUUUGAUGGGCUUUGGAUCGACAUGAACGAACCAUCCAACUUCAAGGACGGGUCGGUACAUGGCUGUCCCUGGGGAGAAUUCGAUAACCCUCCCUACGUGCCUGCUGUGCUGGGCGGGUCCCUCUCGUCAAAGACCACGUGUGCCUCAGCGAAGCAGAGAGUCUCUGUGCACUACAACCUGCACAACCUCUACGGGCUGAUGGAAGCCAAAGCCACAGCUAGCGCCUUGAUCCAGAUCCGAGGGAAACGCCCAUUUGUGAUUUCUCGCUCCACCUUCCCCAGCCAGGGCAGGUACUCGGGGCACUGGCUUGGUGACAACAGGAGCAAGUGGUCGGACAUGUACUGGUCAAUCCCAGGGGUGCUGAACUUCAAUCUCUUUGGGAUCCCGCUGGUUGGGGCAGACAUCUGUGGGUUCUCGGGCACCACCACGGAGGAGCUGUGCACCCGCUGGACCCAGCUGGGGGCCUUCUACCCCUUCGCCCGAAACCACAACUACCUGAAUGACAAGGCCCAGGAUCCGGCGGCGUUCAGCUCGGUGGUGCGGACGGCCAUGAAAGAGGUGCUGCUGACCCACCGGGCGCACCUGCAGGGCCACACCGUGGCUCGACCCUUGUUCUUUGAGUUUCCACAGGACGAGAUCACGUACUCGAUUGACAAGCAGUUCCUGUGGGGGCGGAGCCUAUUGGUGACACCUGUGCUGGAGCCUGGAGUGGACUCGGUGACUGGCUACUUCCCCAGGGGAGUGUGGUACGACUACUACACGGGCACCUCUGUGAACAGCAGUGGGGAGAGCCUGAAGAUGGCCGCUCCGCUGGACCACAUCAACUUGCACGUCCGAGAGGGUGCCAUUCUCCCCACCCAGAAACCCGGGAGCACCAGCUGGGUGAGCAGCAGGAACCCCCUACGCCUGAUCGCGGCCCUGUCCCAGAACGCCAGCGCCUGGGGGGACCUCUUCUGGGACGAUGGCGAGAGCCUGGAAACCUUUGAGAAGGGCGCCUACUCCUACCUGGUGUUCAACGUCACGCAGAACGUCUUCACCUCCACUGUCCUUCACGCCAACGUGGAAGCCACCUACAUCACUGUGGAUACACUGACAGUCUAUGGGGUCCGGGACGAGCCCAGCAGGGUCACUGUCAAUGGCAAAGAGAAUCCCUUCUCCUAUCUGGACAACCAGGUUCUCACUGUGAGCCACCUCAACCUCAAGCUCAGCCAAGGAUUCUCCAUCCGCUGGCAGUGACAGCUGCGCACCUGGGACGGCUGAGCUGCAGCUGGCUCUGAAGGUGUCUCUGUCCAUCAACGUGUGUGUGUGUGGGUGGGGAUCAGCAUAUGUGUGCAUCCCCCCCACCCCCACACCCCCCGGCUCUGGCUAGGGGAUGCUGCUGCCUGCCCAUGUCAGUUUGGACACAGACUCUGCAUUGCACAGCUACUUUGCACCUGAGCUCAGCAGGGCUGCACAGCCUGGCUCUCCCUGUCCUGCCUCGCCUUUCCCCUGGGGGCAGCUCCUGCAGGCCAGAGAGCCAGGAGCUCUGUGGAAGAUGCAUUGCCUCAGCCCUUGACACAGGGUUUGUGGUUAAAGACUCGGCUGUCCCAUGCCCUGAACUGUGGCUCUGAGGGCUGGUGAAAGGCUUCAGGCAGCGAUUCUGUUUGCCUGUCUCCUGCCACCAGCACACUGAUGUCUCCUGUGACUGGCUCUCACAGCUUGUGGGCAUGGUGCCUCCCAGAGGGCGAGGGCACGGUGUGUGUGGGGGGGCUGUCAUAGUUCCCUGCAGGCUGCGCACUUGCGCAGCCGCACAGGAAGAAUUUAAGACCCACCCACCUCGUUAGUAGAGAUGUGCAGCAGCAUGCCUGCAACCCUGCACUAAUGAGGUACUUCUUCCAGAGUGCUCCUGACGCUGUGUCUGGAAGUGGGAAAAGGUAAGCUGGUGGGGGGAACAGAGGUUGGGGGAGAGUGGACGCUGCUUUAAAAAAAGCCUAGGCAGCCGGCCAAGGAGCUCUGAGUUCCCUGCCCCUCGCCCCUUCCCUCUCUCCGGCGGCAGCCAAAUGUUUUGCUGGGCUGCUUUUAAAAAAAUCCUCUGCAGCCCGUAGUUCUGUGUCCCCAACACCUUCCCUCCCUCUGGCAGCAGUUCUGUGUCCCCCUGCCCACUCCCAUUUUCCCCCAGGUAAGUCCAGCUGCUUGGUUCCUGUUCAGAGUACAAGGCAGGAAGCACCCAUAAGAGACAGCAAUCCAGAUCUAAGAAUGACACUGUACAGGCAGUCCCCGACUUACGCGGAUCCGACUUAUGUCGGAUCCGCAGUUACGAACGGGGCUUUUCUCGCCCCGGAGGACACGGACUGCGGAACCUC